UUUUUUUUUUUUUUUUUUUGUAAACUUAUAAUUUGGCCGGUAGGACCAUCUCCGGUUCCCUCUUCUCCAUCCUCUGCCUUCUCCCUGCCCACUACCUCAUUGGCUUCUACGUUGCCUAGCACCGCCUCCGCCGCUGCUGGUUUCAAAGAGGCAAAAUCCUCUCACAACCUCAUCUCUCCCUCUAUGGCGCGUGGUGGUGGUGCAGGCGAUGGCAGUGGAGACCUAGGCGGCGGCGGCGGCGCAGCGGCAGCGGCCCUCGCCCUCACGAAGAUCAGCAUCAAGUGGGACAGGUCCCUGAUUUUUUUUUCCCCUUUUUUCAUCUAUUUUUUGCCAAUUUAUGAAAUAUUUGAUUUUCUUUUUUGCCCAUUUUACGAAAUAUGUUACUCUUUUGAAUCCCUGUUCACUGCUGAAAUUUUUUUGUGUUGUUAUUACAUAUUUUUGUAUUUAUAUCAUUUUCCCUGUACCAAUGAAUUGGCUCUUUGCUGCUUAAUGAAACACUGAUGGUGGUUUGAAUGCUAAUUAGAUCUGGGCUGAAUUGAUCCUGUUUUGCAGCUUGAAGAUGAUCUAUUUCGGCUACUUUUUGAUUGUCUCAAGAAAUUAUUCAUUGCAUAUUCUUUGAAUUUCUCAAUUUUACUAUUCAAGCUAGAAAUGUCAAACAAGUUUUUGUGCAUAAUUGGUUUCCUUUUUUUGUCGACUAUCGAUCUAUCUAUUUAGGGUAAAAACUAUCGAACAAGUUUACGUAUAUAAUCAGUUUUGAUUUUUUAGUUGGCUUUAGAGCCUUAUGUUGAUCUAUGUUUAGAUGUUAAUUUAUAUUGGUACGUUUGAUGAGCUACUUUUUUUCGAUUAUGGGGUCUUCUCCUAAUCUUUAUUUUCUUUUCUUUUAUUUUAUUAUUCAAAGUUCUUGAAUGAAUGUUCUUAGUUUCCCUUUUCUAAAACUAUGGUUUUUUUAGUGUUUAUUCUUUUCCAUAUACCUUUUUCGAGUUUGCAUUUGCUUGACCUUUUGGUUGCUACAUCAGACUGGUGAAAAAAGAACCAUAUAGAAUGUUUUAGCUGUUGGGUUUGUUGACUGCUCGACUCUCCAUAUGUGUCGUUUCAUUUAUGUGGCGAUAUCUGUAGCUUUUUCCACUCUCCAGGCUCCAGCGGGAUGGGUAUAUUGUUUUCAUGGGGAAGAGGAAAUGUCACUGGCAUGGUGCAUUCAAUUGGCAUCCAUCCAUCACGAAAGCAUAUAUGUAUAGUGGGGGGCUCUUUUGGAACUGUAUUUGCUUGGGAUCUUCGUUGGCAGCAGCAGCUGAUCCUACUCUCUGGAGUUGGUCUUAAUGGGACGGACCAGCGAGUCUCCGAGAGCGAGGUAUGGGAGGUUCAGUAUGACAGCUACACUCAAUCUUCUGGAAUUACCUCAGCUCCGUCGACGAAAAUAUUACCUAUUAUGGUGUGCUUAGAAGAUGGGAUCCUUGCAGUUCUUGAACAAGGUGAAGAUCCUGUUGAGCUAUUAGCUGAGCCAUGUGCUAUCAAUGCCUUUGACAUUGAUCCUCAAAAUCCUUCUGAUGUGGUUUGUGCUCUGGAAUGGAAAAACAUGGCAAUUUUAUUGCGGGGAAGAGACGCGAUGGCUAUUUAAUAAACACAGCUUUGAUUUGUUUUUCUUUUUCUUUUUUGAACUUCUGCAUAUAUUUCGGCGAGGAUGUUCUUCCGGCAGGCGCGAUCGGGACAUGUUCAUCUCUGAAAGAGUAUUGGGAUCUUUGUUUGUUUUAGAAAUUACUGAUGAAUGUAAGCUUUUAAACUUUAUUCUUUCGUAGCUGAUAACUCAAAUUACACUGUAUAAUACAGGUAUUUUAGAAGGAUAAGAAAUCUCCCAUUAUUAUAA